AUGCCUUUUGGGUUGACAAACGCCCCUGCUGCAUUUAUGGACUUAAUGAAUCGGGUCUUGAAGGAUUAUCUAGAUCAAUUUUUCAUAGUCUUCAUCGAUAACAUAUUGAUCUAUUCGCAGUCCAAGGAAGAACAUGAAGGGCAUUUGAGGAUGGUGCUUCAGAAACUUAGAGAAGAGAAGUUAUUUGCUAAAUUCAAGAAGUGUGAAUUCUGGCUAGACAAGGUGCCAUUUUUGGGGCAUAUUGUAUCAAGGGAAGGUAUUGCAGUCGACCUGAGUAAGAUUGAGAAAGAGUUGAACAUGAGACAACGUAGAUGGUUGGAACUUGUUAAAGACUAUGAUUGUGUUAUUAACUAUCAUCCUAGUAAGGCCAAUGUGGUUGCUGAUGCAGUUAGUAUAAAAAGCCAUGGAGCUAUAGCUGCCUUACAAGUCAUUCAAAAACCAUUGUUGGUAGAUAUCCAGAGGCUUAACUUAGAGAUCAUUCUGCGAGGUAAGUCAGGCUAUCUUGCCAAUAUGACUCUAAAAUCGACACUUCUUGAGAGGAUCAAAACCUUACAGUUCGAGGAUCCCCAAAUAUUGAAAAUUCAAACUGAAGUGGCUGAGGGAAAAUGCUUGGACUAUGUUAUAACUGCAAAUGGUGCUCUUCAGUAUGGUAAUAGACUGGUGGUCCCUAAUAAUGAAGAACUGAAGCAAGAGAUUAUGAGGGAAGCUCAUAACACCCUAUACUCGAUUCACCCUGGAAGUACAAAGAUGGUUUGA